GAUUGUGCCGCUCAGCCAAUGACAACGGAGGAGGAACGAUUAGACGGAAUGCGGGUGGGGAACAUAGCGUACAGCACACCGCCUUUUGUUGAACAUGGCGACCCGAGGACCGAAUGGAGAUCUUCCUUUUUUACCUUCAGGGGCAGCGGAGGUGAACCGAAUGAUUCAGGAGAACGGCGAUCUGUUUUCCGAGUCUCAGUGUCGGGUGUGUAACGCGGUCCUCAUCUCCGAGUCCCAGAAACUCGCACAUUACCAGAGCAAGAAACAUGCAAGCAAAGUACGACGCUACAUGGCGACCCAUGAGGAUGAACCGUUUGCAAAGAGAUUCAAAUCCUCGUCACAUGAUGCAGAAAGUGGCGAGGUCUUGCAAAGUGAUGGGGAUAAAUACAAAUCCUGCCUCGUGUGCAACAUGAACUUUUCGUCUGCAGUAGUGGCCCAAUCUCACUACCAAGGCAAAGUACACGCCAAGAACAUUCGGUUAAAAAGCUUCGGCGUGCAGGCACCUGGUACAAUUGCAUCCAUACCUCAGCCGACUGUAAAAGUGAAGAAGCUUGAUGUACAGAGUAACGAAGGAAAAGGCCCCGCUGCUUCUGACCCGAACCGAUUCUGCAACAUCUGUCAGGCUUCUUUCAACAAUCCAGUGAUGGCUCAACAACACUACAGUGGCAAGAAGCACAAAAAACAUCUGACCAAGCAGAAACUCAUGGAGACCUUCGGGCCUUCCACCACACCAGCCUCUACAGUAAAAGGCUACCCGUGUACCAUGUGCAAUAUCGAGCUCAAUUCCGUGGAACAGUACCAGGCGCAUAUCAGUGGCGCCAAACACAAGAACCACAUUCGACUCAAGGAAGGCGGCAAUUCCACCGUGAGCCCUUUGGGGAAAAAAAAGCCGGACUAUGUGUACGGAUAUAACCAGCAGCAGCAAGUCCAGGAGGACUGGGGCAGUUUAAAGCAGGACUAUGAGUCAGGAGGCCUGUAAGGCCCUGACCCGCCCCGCCCCCGGCCUGCCAUGACCCGACCCACCUCACCUCUCCUUCAUCACCAACUACACGACAAGCUGCUUCUGUUAAUGAAAAGGCGACAUUUUCCUUUCACUACACCAGAUCUCGCUCCAACAUCCGCUCUUUAUAUCGUAUACGGUGUUGUCACUCUGAGGUAGACGAUUAACCUUCAUACUAAUGUUUAUAUAUAUAUAUAUAUAUAUAUAUAUAUAUAUAUAUAUAUAUAUAUAAAUAAAUAAGAGUAUAAUCUUAUAGUAAUACGUUAGAGUUCAAAGGUUCCCUGAAACGAAGCUGUAUAACGACUGAAAUUAUUCCUGGAAGUUCAGCAUAGUUUUUAUUUUUCCUUCCCUCCCUGCUGUACUUUGGUCUUCUGAAACCGGAGUUGUGCAAGAGUUAAAUUAUUUAAUAAUUAAAAAAAAAAAAAAAAGUUCUCGUUUUACCUUUUGUUUACUCUCAAGCUUUGUAGAUUUUAUGUUCUGUUUUGUAAGAGCUUCUUGUUUUGAUCUUUUUAUUUUUUAUUUUUAUCUUGUUCAUGUUUUAUGUUAAUGUGACGUCAUUGCUAUAUUCGUCCAAUAGGGAGCAGUAGAGAGCUGUUGUAUUUUUUUUUAUUUUUUUUUAUUUUGGGGGUCACGUUUCAUCACUGUGUGUGUGUCUGUGUACACGCACACCGAGGUGUCAAAAUUGAACAAUUGCUUGUUUAAUUAUCUUUUUAAAUGUCUUUUUUUUCUGUCCUGUUUCGUGCAGGAUUCUGCUGAUGACAUUCAGACUUAAAAGAGGGAAGAAUAUUUUUAAGAGUGUGUUUGUGUGUGUGUACACUGUUUUGCUUAUGGGGUACCAAUUGCUUUCACUAAUCUCUAGUUACAGUAUGAAUCGCAAAAGAAUCAUAAGUGCACAAUAUCAUGAUAUUGAUAUUGUAUCGGUCAGCCUUACAGCGGAGUCGUCCUUGUUGAGUUCUGUUACAUUUGAACAGAAGUUUGUGGACAUCUGAUGAUAAGCUGGGUUUGAGCAUUCCAUUCCACAUUUUAGUCCCCAUUUGUUAUUAUAAUGAGCUCCACUCUUCUGGGAAGAUGUUCCACUAGAUUUUGUGGAGAUUUAAGGCUGUUAGUAAAGUCAGCCUUAGGUGAGGAGGCCUGGAGUGCAGUCAAAGUUUACAUUCAUGGUGUUCUAAAGGGUUGGAACGCUAUAGCAGCAGAUCUUCCACACACUUUCUGCUCAUGGAAAGCAGAGUUUCGUGGUGCAGGCUUUGUGCACAGGGGCAUUGUCAUGCUGGAACCGGUUCAUGUCUCCAACUUUGUGAAAACCACAUAUGGCUCAUUGGAAAGUCAGGUGUCCCAGUACCUUUGUCCAUGUAUUGUGUGUGUGUGUAUGUAUUAUUUAAUACAAAUAAGCAGCAGCUCAACCCAAAAACACGUGUACACACACCUCACAGCCUUUUGCUAGAAUCUCGCAUUUAAGGAAGAAGUCAUCAGUACGACUCUGUAUGUCUCGUUUUGAUUUAUCGUGCUGUAUUUGUGUUCGUACGUCAUGCUGAAGGGCGAGUUCACUCGUCUUCUCCCAAGGUUAUAUAUGGACCGACGUGUACACCGUUAAAUGUAGCAGGACCUUUCGAUAGUAUUCUCCGAUAGCCUGGACUCAAAGCGUGCUCAGGCAGAUGGAGGUGCAGGAUUUUCCCGGAGUUGGACUCAAAAGUAAAUUCUCAUUUUAGUUUGUGGGGACUGUGGGAAUUUCCUCCGAAGGGGCCUGAAAUUGUAUUUUUAUUUAUUUUUUUUUUAAACAUAAAUAAUUUCACAAAAAUAAAUAAAUAGUGAAACGACAGAAUUUCCCAAGACCUAUUAGUGUUAAGACUUAAACGCAAAAGCAGGACCUUGAGGUGGUCCAUGAGUUUUCUUUGCUGCUUCAUCCACCAGAGUUCUUCUGUAAACAAAAUAAUGACUACUAACCCUUUCCACUGUACUAUUAAAUACCAGGCCUAGUUCUGUAGGAUAUUAACAUACACUCCUGGCAAUGUGAAAGGCUUGUGUCGUCAACAGAACUGACCAUGUUGCAUCAUCAGAGAAAUUUAUCGUACAGGAAACAUCUGCACAGAUGUUCGAUUAAAAUAUAGGGCUGUAUAAAAUGCUGCAACGAGAAGAAAAAAAACGUGCUGCGUUGCCUUAUGGGUCACGUAUUAGCGUAGUGUCAUGAUGUGUUGUCUUUAUUUUUAUUUUGGUAAUACAUUGUGAACACCGAUUAGUCUGUGUUUUUUUUUUUGUUCAGUAAAUUGUUUUCAGAAAAAGAAAA